GAAUUGUAGUUUUCUGUGUGGUGCCUUGACGUGCGCGCUUACUCGCUCUAUUUCAUAGACUAGGCAUACUUACUCCGAGGCAGUUCAUGGCGUAUGAGGAAUAACUCCUAUUCUGUUUCAGUGCGGUUUACAAUUUCUGUGUGCUACAGGCUUCUGGCUACGUCGGAUGGUCUGAAUAUAAGUGUGCUCCUUAAUUGCAACCCUGGAUUGCGGUAUCAUCCACUAUGGGACAAUUGCCUAGAUAAACAUGUUUGUGCAAGUUUAAAAAGUAGUCCAGAAAGGGGACAAUGAUGGAAUAAGGAAGUACCAUUUGAAAAUAUGGAGGAAUCUUUUCAUUCAGAAAAUGAAAGCCAGUCAUCACUGUUAGAUCCUGGUAAUACAGCAUAUCAGAAUGACCUCUUCUUACAGCUGCAAGAAGUAAUCUCUUCCCUGGAAACAUGUGUAUUCUCCUGGAAAAAUCCACCUGGGAACAGGUCAAGGGAGGAAAGUGUGGCGUCCCCCAAUGACCUAUGUUCUAAUGAAAAGCCUGAAAUUGUACAUGGAUUAAAUCAGAUUUCAGAUGAUGAUGCUAACGUCUUACAGUCUGAGAUUACACGCUUCCAGGAGAAUAACGCAGCACUGAGGGUCAAACUUCGUCUUACAGACAAGGAGCUCAAUAGCUCAACAGCUACACUCAAUAUCUUCAAGGAGGAGAAGGAAAAACUACAAACAAAGGUAAAGAAUUUACAAGACAUUCUGCGAGAUAAAGGCCUUUCUACUGCUACAGCUUCUCCCCCAGGUAGUCCUCUAUUGGAAGAACUUAAUAGUUUUACAUCUGAACAUUAUCCUGUCCUUAGUGAGCCAAAAUCUCAUCAGGCUCCUAUCUCAGCAGUUCGAAGUGUCAUUCAAUAUCUUCAGAGUCUCCCUGGAUGCCAGACAUCUGUGUCAUGUCCUUCUGAGAUACAUCCAAGCAAUAUAGAGUCUGAGAUGAAGUGGUUAAAAUGGCACCUUGACCGUUUAAAACAGAUGAAUGAACAGCUCAGUGCGACUCUAGAGGAGUGUAAGACCGAUUCUGAAAAACUCAGUAUGCACCUUGGAAAACUGGAAUCUACCUGUACAGCGUUGCGACUUGCUCUGCAAUCCAGUGAGAGAUGUUUGAAGACAUACAGUGUGUUGCUAGCUCUUGCAGAAGCAAAGCAAGAAAUCAUGCUUGGUCAGGUCUCAGCAGGAGAUGUCUUAAAAUCAGGCUGGAGGCUGCUGCCAAAAGAGUUGGAGAUAAAAACAAAACUGUUCCUGAUGGAAGUUAAAAAAAUAUUUCGGAAAAAGGGAAAGAGUUCGGAUUCUGAAACAAAGAAAAUGGAUGGGCAAAAAGUAAACAGCCUCUAUGCCCCCUGGCUCAAUGAAGAAGAAGAGCAGAUGCUGAAAGAUUACAUUCAGUCUCUAAAGUGGGAUUUAUCUUCCAUUACAAUGUCAGACCACUUCAACGCUGGUACUUCACAUGCAAAGAAAGUAACUCAGUGUGCUGAAAUGAUCAAAGCUAAAGUGGAUGAUGCUAUCAAAGAUUCACCAGAAGCUUCACCUUGUCUUUCGGAGAAACCUGCUAGAGCCCAGAUUAUGCAGGAUCUAAUGUAUACUAAGAAGAAGUUGUCUGAACUAAAAGCCAGUCUGCAACUACUUCAGACAGAGAAACGUGCUUUGGAAUUACAAUCUUUAACUCAACAAGAGCAGGAGAAAGCCUAUAUGCUUGUCCAAGAGCACCUGCAGAUAGAACAGAACGAAUGGAUAAAGGAAGCAUCUGGCAAAAAUAAGACAAACAAACAGAAACAUCAAGAUGUAGAUAGAGAUUGCCUAGGCCAAAGUGAGAAUUCCACUUCAUCUACUUCAAUGCAGCGACUAACAGAUUCCUUGAAAAGGAGCAAUGAAAUGAAAGGAAGAAUCGAAGGUCUCAUUUCAGAAGUAGAGCAAUUAUCCUGUAAAGUAUGUGCCGAGAAUACUAAGACUGCGCAGAUGAUCAAAGAUUUCUUCAAAGCUCAUAGGAAUCUCUUUAUGACGUACCAGAAUGCUUGCAGAAAGUACCAAGAACAACAGCACAAACUAGAGUCACAGGCUGAUCUAAUGUCACAACAACAACAGCGACAGCUCCAAAAACUUGGCCAAAAUAUUCAAAAUCUGCAAAAGAAAAAGAUUCAAAAGGAUGCAGGAGAGACGUCCCUGUAAAAAGAAAAUAAGACAUUUAGUGCUUCUUAGGUUAUCAUGGAUAAUAUAAUAAAGGCUUGAUGAGGGCACCGGUUAGUCGUAUCCGUCGUCAUCCCAAGGAAAAUAGAAUGAAUUUUAAUGCAGAAUUCCAUGCAGAAUGUGAACAUAGCCUAAUAGGUGCAGUAAGAACCUAGCCUUAGGCUAAGUUUUCACUUUAAAAAAAAAAAAAAAACAUACAGCCAAACAGAAUUUUUGGGUGAAAAAACACUGUGGCCAGAUGUUAGCUGCAAGUCACUAGACUAGGCAUUUAUAAAAAGCCAUACCAACUUGGCGUUUUUGUGUUUGCAUUUUUUUUCCACUCCUCUUUGGCCGUGUUCAGCAGCAUGUUAAUAAUUUGGCAUUUUCCCCUGAAAUCUUGGCGUUUUUCUCCCAUAGACCUCUAAAAAAUGUUAUUAAAAAUGCAAUGUGAGUUUUGCAUUAGCAUUUGGUUUCUGGUAUUUUUUCAUCUUUUUUUUACUUAACCCCUUAAGGACUCAGG